GUUGCAAAGCAAAUGUUGUUCGCUGUCCCUAAGUAUACACAUACUAUAGAUGACAUAAUGAAGAUGAAAUAUUCGAAUACGAAUUUGGGAUGCAUGACAGCUUGAAAAUUAAAGUUGUUAUGCUGGAAAAUUUGUAUACUGUACAAAUUAUAAAAUGUCCAAUACAUAAACUGCAGUUAAAAGUUAUUCAAUUUAAAUUACUUGUAUUUACUUGUAAUUGAAUAAAACAAUUUUUAAAAGCCCACAUUCAGUAAAGCAUCACGGUAAAACAUUGUCAAAUUUAUUUUUCAUCAAAUGUUCCUACACCUCUGAUUGCUGGGCUUCAGCAAAUCAUUCUCGGCCAAAUAGUACAGGAAAUACCCCCCCCCCCCCAAAAAAAAAGGUGUGACGUGAUAUUAUUUGAUUUCAAGUGAUUACGUUUUAGACAUGACUGAAAUAAACGCCGGCUGAGCAGCACCUUACUUUUUUAAUAAAUGGUAAAAAGGAAGCAUACUUUUCUCAUGCUUUUCAUGUGGCCAAAGUUAUUUGAGAUUGUUGUCAAAUGUAUUAUUUUUCGAUUUUGUACUGAGCCUGGAUGCUUUGCAAACACCAUGCAUUCAUUUAACAGCUUGGUUAUGGUGUUAAUGAAAAACCUAAACAUGGAGUAGCCGGCUAGGCUUAAUAAACGCUUACACGUGCUUGUUUUAACCUGAUUUAUAAUGAAUCGAUACCGGUUGCCUGCUAGUUACAGACACUACACUGACGGGAAAGAAGGCAGCUUGAAAAACGUUAAACGUCCUAAUAGGCCAAAUAAUAUAAAGUUAUUUGAGUAUGAAUGCCAAAAAGAACAAGCGUCUUUAUGGCUCCUGUAACUAUCUGCAUGGCGUCUCCCGUCAGCAGAGACCAGGUACAAACAUUUGAUGCAGCCACAUUAAUCAAGCUAUUCUUGAGAUGAAGCUUUGCAUGUUGAGUGCAUGUAGAAGUCUGCGGUGGGAGCACCGCGCGCCGCCCCCCGCAUCCCGCAGCAUGCCGGGAAGUGAAGCCGUUUGAUUGGACGGGACUGCUAACGCUAAAAAAGAGGCGUGAGCUUCGCUGCUAACGGCUAACAUAAGUUAACGUUAGCUCCUCUAUGAUCAUCUAACGCAAGGACCUGGUUCAUUCUCGACGGUGUCCUGCGGAAACAAAAAAGGCUACUGGACAACAAUUGUUUGCGAUAGACGAGAUUUAUUUUACUUAUUUGAGCCCUACAAUCUUUUAGGCUGACGAGCUAAAACAACUAAGUUAGUUGGUGAGACUGUGCCUCGGCCUCUGUGGAGAUGGUAUUAAGGCUAUUUGGGUUAAUGCUAACUUAGCCUGGCAGGCUAGGUAGCAUGGCUGCUAGCUGCGGAUGGAACAGGGCAGCGGGAAGCGUAGCACAACAUUAGCUGGACGGUAGACCCGCGUUGUGAGAAUUACUUUUCUUCAGCGUAGUUAGACCUCGUCACGGCAUCCACGCUAGACUCGAGGGUCAAACGUUUGAAACCCUUUUAGACCAAGUAGCUCGUCGGCGUGGCUAACUGUAGCUUUGUUUUAACAAGCUAACAUGUAGUUUAGCAUAGUCGCGUCUCAGCCGUCAUCCUAUUUGGCCUUGCAGCAGGAGACUAACAGGUCGGUAGCUAGCCGAUACUGGGCAUUGUGCGGUGUGUAGCCACGGCAUGCUAACCACACAGCAGCGAAGUUUGGGUCUGUUAGGAACAGGCAACGGUUACGCAGACCAGUUGUGACCGAUGUUAUGCUCGUGGUAUGUAACAAUCUAAAGAUAGUGCGUGAUGGUCAGGCUUAAUCGGAUAGCUUCAACGCAGGAGUUGUAGACGACGGGGCCUUGCGGAUUGCAGUGGGCUCGCUACAUUUAGUGUGGUUAAUGAUGUGCUUGGAGAGUAACAAUGUAGAACCAUUGAUCUGAUUAGCCCUUUGGAGUUCAUCAAUUGGUGGCGGCUGCGACAGAUAGCAAAAUGAACAAUUCGGGAGGCUUGCCACAAGAAAAGAUGGAGCUGGAUCUGGAAAUCCCAUCUUCUCUCGUUCAGACUGAAGGGCAGUUGAGACGAUCCAACAGUGCGCCCAUGAUAAAUGGCCUGAGUGAUAACACCCAGGUGUUCCAGAGAGAAGUCCUGCGCAGCCGGAGAAAUAGCACAACAGUUGUCAACAGGCCGAACAUGGUCCCUUCUUCGCCCAUUCGCGUCCCCAGCACCAGGCUUCAUCAGAUAAAACAAGAGGAAGGUGUGGACGUGAUGAACAGGGAAACUGCUCAUGAGCGGGAGGUUCAAGCCGCCAUGCAAAUCAGCCAGUCCUGGGAAGAAAGCCUCAGUCUGAGUGACAAUGAUUUGGAGAAGUCUGCGUCUUCGUCCUCGUCUCCAAAGCGCAUCGACUUUGUCCCGGUGUCGCCCGCACCGUCUCCAACCAGAGGGAUUGGGAAAAAGCAGUGUUUCUCUCCAUCACUUCAAAUCCUUGUGAGCAGCAACGGCCUGACACCGAGCCCGAUACCCAGCCCGACGCGCCGCUUCAGCCGACGGAGUCAAAGCCCCAUUAACUGCAUCAGAGCCAGCAUACUCGGGCCAAUGAAACGCAAAGGCGAGAUGGAGACAGAGAGUCAACCCAAGAGACUCUUCCAGGGCACCACCAGCAUGCUGUCUUCUGACGUCUCUAACCUGUCAGAGCUCGGCUCCUGCCACUCUCCCGAUUUGCUGGACGGGAGCCUCAGCAGCGUUGGAUCCUCUGAUUCGCCGGGCAAAAUGGAGGGAGUGUCGCCCUCGUCGUCCAGCAAUUCGCCCUUCGCUUCCCUCCAGGAUUUGUCCCCGAAGUGAGCGCGCCAUGGCAAGACACACCGUAAACGGACUGCAGCCAAAAAGACUCGGGGAGGGGGGUGGCAGAGGGGCAACAAGUUUCCUUCUCAGACUCUUAUAUCACUAUCACCAAGAUUUAGUGGGAGCUCUCUGUUUAUGUCUCAGCUGUUGUCAUGGCAACAUCUUUUGCGGUUCUAGGUAUGUUUCAAUUGAGCAAGUGAAAGCCCCGCGUUGCUAGGAAUGACUGAAGGCAGCGUGAGCACCAGCUGCUAGUUCUGGAUGGUGCUUGGCUUUAUUUCAUAGGUGGCAACGCUUCUGUCUCACAUAAGAGACACUGGACACAUGAAAAUAAGACUAUUUGGAUGUGUAGUUUCCCUGUUAUUGUGCUGGAAAACUUUGGUCCACGGGCCGCUUUGUAUGUAUUCAGCCUGUAGCUUUUGUAAGAUAAUAUUUAACUUAUUGGUUUCCUGCUCUGUUUGUAAUUAUGUACAUAAGAAUUUCAGAUGUUGUAGAUAGUUGUAAGUUUGUAAAUGUGUACACCUGUGGGGAUUUCCUUACCAUCUAACUGCAAGUUGUUACUUAUUUUUAUGUUUGGGGUUUUUUUUCUGUGUUUGUCCAUAACUUGCUAUAACUUUUAAUGGACAAGUAUGAGCGGUUAAUGCAGUUGAAUGUGGAUGAAAUAAGAAGAUGGUCAUCACUGCUGUGUCCGUGCCACUACAGGAUCCUCUGUAUCCUGUUUUUGUAGAUAAUCAGAGUAUGGAUAAUAUUUACCUUCUACUAGGGUAUUGUUCUUAUUUAUGGAAGAAAAUAAGUUUAUUAUAAGACUGGGAUGGUGAUGGGUUUUAACCAUUUGUUAAUCGGCACAAACAAAAUGGCCCGUCAGAGUACGGGUGGAGAGACUGCUGUGGUUACUUGUAUUGAAAGCUUUUUUUGUUGCACAGGAUGCGCUCCUGUGAUGUGUGAGCAGAAGUGGAACUUUGUCGAUGAAACAUGAUCUACUAAUGCAAUGUGUGGAGGUAAAGCCUGUUCUGCAAAUUUUGAUUUUUGCACCAGAAACUUAUUUUGGCUGUUUGUCACGUAAACAUAUGGCUCUGUAGCCUGAGCUGUAUGUAAAACAAAAAAAUGUGCCCUUUUACUAAAAUAGUGUGACUAGUUAUUUUUAUUGUGAUACAAAUCAAAAUGGGGAAAAAAGCAGUCACCUUGCCCUGCUCUCAAGAUAUUGUAAGUCAUCCUAUGAAGUGUUCAGGACAUGAAAUAGCAAAUCUUAUUCUGUGUGAAAAGCUGUGUUCCGCCACGCAGAGUCAUGACUCUGCUGUGCUAGUGUCUUUUUGUGAUGCAUCUGUAGCGGACAAUAGGACUAAAUAAAUUAUUUUAUUAUGA